UGUCACUGAGCAGAGACUUUAGAGCCUGCUUAUCGGAAGACGGUGUGGGAUUCUUUUGGGUGGGUGGGUGAGUGUGCCUGUUAUGUUACAUGCUGAAUGCUACCCCCAGGAGGAGAGGAGUUUGCCUUUCCCAGAGAGAUGGCCCCGAACCAGCAAGUUCGCGUUGUCAGCCUGUGCAGCGGCUGUUGCAGAACUAGUGACCUUUCCCCUGGAUCUCACGAAAACGCGACUGCAGAUCCAAGGUGAAGCUGCUGUUUGUCGGUAUGGAGCUGCUGCCGGAAGAGCUGUACCCUACCGUGGCAUGCUACGUACUGCAGCAGGGAUUGUUCAAGAGGAAGGCUUACUAAAACUCUGGCAAGGAGCAACACCUGCUGUCUACAGACACAUAGUAUACUCCGGAGUGCGGAUGGUUACAUAUGAGCACAUUCGUGACUCUGUGCUUGGUAGAGCUGAAGACGAGAGCUUUCCUCUUUGGAGAUCUGUAGUUGGAGGGAUGGCAGCUGGUGCCAUUGGUCAGUUUUUUGCCAGUCCAACUGAUCUGGUGAAGGUGCAGAUGCAAAUGGAAGGAAAGAGGAGACUAGAAGGGAAACCAUUACGAUUUCAUGGAGUGCACCAUGCAUUUGUGAAGAUCCUGUCUGAAGGGGGAAUUCGGGGCCUUUGGGCUGGUUGGGUGCCAAAUGUCCAAAGAGCUGCUCUGGUAAACAUGGGAGAUCUGACUACUUAUGACUCAGUGAAACAUUUUUUACUUCUGAACACACCACUUCAGGACAAUAGUGUGACUCACAGCAUUGCAAGUGUGUGUUCUGGCCUGGUAGCCGCUAUCCUGGGAACUCCUGCUGAUGUCAUCAAAACACGGAUAAUGAACCAACCAAGAGAUAAACAGGGAAGAGGACUGCUGUAUAAGUCUUCUGCAGACUGCUUGAUUCAGGCUAUACAAGGUGAAGGAUUUAUGUCUCUAUACAAAGGCUUUUUACCAACCUGGAUGCGAAUGGCUCCUUGGUCAUUGGUAUUCUGGCUUACCUAUGAACAAAUUAGAAGGAUCUGCGGAGUUAGUUCUUUUUAAGAUCUUGAAAGUAUGUAUUAAUAAUCACAUAACAAAUAAAACAGAAUUGGAAAUCCA